UCCUAUAAAGACUUAUUAUGACUUAGGUAUAAUAAUCCUACAGUAUAAUUCAAAUAAAUCCACUUCCUUAAUGUGUAAAAUGAGUUAUAUAAGUUUUUAAGAAGGUCAUAACAUAAGCAUAUACAAAUAUUUUACUAUCGACCUACAGACCUACAUACGUAGACUGAAAAAUGUCAAUGACCUUACGAGAAACUUCUCACCGAAAAGUAUUUAAUGUAUAAAAUCGAUUAUAAUAAUAAUUAUUAGUUUAUUGAUAAUUGCAUUUACCGAAUUAUGUUAAAAUAACAUAAUUUACUAACGAAAGAGGAAAAUGUAAUAGGAAAAAUUACCGACAGAUGGCUAACGAGUGGCCUAUUUCCACCAUUUUGAAAGGUAACUUUCUACUGGCUUGUUAUCGCUCUUAAACGUUUUAUAAGCUUAUAUUUAAAAUUACCCUUGAAUAUAUUACAUAAAUUGGUCGAUUGCCGUGAAGUAAAACCAGAAGAAAAUAAUGUUUACUACGAAAAAUAUUGCAUUAAGAAGGAUAAUUAUAGUUACUCCAAUUUUAUUUUUAUAUCUUAUGGCUGAAUUGUAUAUGCCAUUUGUUGAAGCUCAGUUUUUUCAUCAUCAUUUUAAUAUCACAGCAUGCAUCGUAUGUGAUGAAGGAGUGAAUUAUUCUGUAAGAAAUUUCAUGUGUUGCCUCUUUAGUAGUAAAUGCUGUGGGGAAGAGAAAUUUAAAGACUAAUCACGUCGUUUGUUUUUUUUUAAUUUUAAAAAUUAUUAUAUUAUGGAUUAUUGUAUGUAUACACGCCCUUACUUAAAUAUUCAUUUUAAAUAAAUUUUUUAUACUUUUUUAUAUAUUUA